AUGGGUUCCAUACAGCCUGAAAACACCGCUGCUGUGCCAUUUACUCUAGCAACCUUUGAUGGAAAUGCCACGAUGGGCAAGAAAAAGCAGACCAGAUCGGCAAUUGGCGUGAAUGGGUCUUAUUAUGAUCUUGCCGCGCUCCUCAAAUCGACAUUAGAUGGUCAAGAAGGUUUGGACUUGGAUCAAUACUCCACCACACUGGCCAUCUUUGAAGAGUGGCAGAACACUUCCCCUACACUGUCUUUGCUAGCUGGGAAGAUUGCCUCGGGAGAGGUCAAGGCGAAUCCGAUAAUCAGCACCGGUAAUGGCGCUGCCAGUACGGGAGUUGGCACUCCAAACCUGCUUGCUCCGAUCAUCUAUCCGGCGAAGCUUCUCGCUGUUGGAGCUAACUAUACAGGACAUCUGGCCGAGAUGGGUUUACCUGUCGAGAAAUGGACACCGAUGCCCUUCUUCACCCGGCCACCCACCACCUCUAUGGUCGGGCCUGGCGAAUCAGUGAUCAUCCCUGAGUCUACUAAGCAAUUUGAUUGGGAAUGCGAGCUGGCGGUAGUUGUCGGCGCACGCUUGCGACACGCGUCAAUCGCCGAGGCUGCAGCAGGCAUUGCAGGCUAUACCAUAGGGUUGGACAUGAGCUGUCGGGAUCUGAUAGUUGCGGGACGCGGGCUUGGGACCGACCUGAUGCGCGGGAAAGCGCAGGAUACAAUGGCACCGGUUGGACCUCACGUUGUGCCUGCAGCAUACGUUGGAAACAUCGAUGAGAAGCGCAUUACGCUUGACGUGAACGGAAAGCGAAUGAUGGAUGCUUCCACCUCAGAGAUGAUAUACAAGUGCGAUGAAAUCCUCAGUAUCAUGAGCCAGAAUGUCACGUUGGAGCCAGGUGACGUCAUCUUCACCGGCUCACCUGCUGGAACAGCAGGGGCACAUGGUGACUGCUGGUUGAAGCCUGGUGACCGGAUUCGAGCAGAGAUUGAGGACGUUGGGGUAUUGAAUAUCGUGAUCAGGGGCAAACCUUGA